AAAGAACAGACAUCGACAGUCCGGUUUCUUCGACGAAAAGCGAUAGCAAUGCAAAUACCAAUGUAUCGCGUACAAGUUCUACUCAUUGUCAGAAGAAGGAUAUACCAAGCCAGGUUUUGAGCAACAGAAGGAAAAGCGACAUGGAAAUUAGUCAGGCAUCGAAUUCUAGAGGAGACAGCCCUCUGGAGGGUGGCUCGGUUGUACACACGAAGCUACCACCAGGAAAGGUCGUACGUCGGAGGAAAGCUUCGACUAGCACAGGAAGGCCUUCGAGUUCUCAGCACAGGGCUUCAUUCCCCAUAGUCCGUCCACAAGUUUCACAAAGCAAGGCAGCAACACGACUCGAACAAUUAAUGCAACCUAACAUUCCCUAUAAAAACGGUGACAACAGCUUCUCUGAACGAAUCAAUGACGACGUAAGCGACAAGAGUUUAGCUUUCGGAUCGAGACACGACUUAAGUAGAUUCGAAACUCCGCUCCCGGAUUGGGUUAUAGUUGGUGAAUCUGUGCUGGUUCACCCAUACAGCUAUUCUGGUGUCAUAGCGUGAGAACGAUGGUGCUGUGAAUGGGCAUAGGUGCUUCACGUGUCGACCGAAAUGCGGUAUCUUCGUUAAAGUGGACAAACUAAUUCAGGACAAACGUGGCCGAG